UUGCCGUGUGUGAAAUCAGUCGCUUAUUUUUUUCGAAGCAAAUCAAAACUUACGAAACCAAUAGAAUGGCCACCGAAGUCGAAAACAAGCCCGUUGCGGCCGUCAGCGAGGAGGAGAAGAAGGUAGAGCAACCGGCGGCAGCGGCGGUCGCCAGCACCACCGAGGCCCCGGCCGCCACCGAUAAGCCGGCAGCCGCGGGAGGAGAUGCUGGCGCGGCCGGCGGUGACGCCGAUAAGAAAGCGGAGGAAAAACCGACCGCGGGUGGAGAGAACGCGGCGGCCGGUGGUGAAGGCGGGGGUGACGGAGCGACCAGUUCCGAGGCGACCGCACCGGCUAAGAAGGAAAAGGAAGUGAAACCGACGGUGCACAAAGUGAACUUCGAGAAGGAUGUGGUGUAUCUGUACCAGUUCACCCGCACGCCGAUGCUGCCCUCGAUUUCGCCCUUCUGCCUGAAGGUGGAGACCUGGUUGCGCCUGGCCGGACUGAAGUACGAGAACAUUGACCACAAGCUGAAGCUGCGCUCGAAGAAGGGACAGCUGCCGUUCGUCGAGGUCAAUGGGGAGGAGAUCGCCGAUUCGACCAUCAUCAUGGCCGAGCUGGCUCAGCGUUUCGAGAAGGAUCUGGACGUCGCCCUCACCCAGGAGCAGCGUAACAUCGCGCACGCCAUGAUCUCGAUGCUGGAGAACCAUCUCGUGUGGGUGGUGCUGUCGUGGCGCAUUAAGAACACGGAACAGAUGGUCAAGGGAUACAAAAUCAACCUGCAGCACGCCCUCGGAAGCCGUCUGCCGAAUGCCCUGUUGAGUUUCUUCUUCAAAUUCCAGUUCAGUCGCAAGUGUUUCCAGGGUGCUAAAAAGGUGAAAGCUCAAGGACUGGGAGUCCACAAGCCAGAGGAGAUCGAGGAGUUCGGUCGCAAGGAUCUGAAGGUGCUGUCCGAGCUGUUGGCCGAUAAGCCAUUCUUCUUCGGUGACGAACCAACCACGCUCGACUGUGUUGCAUUCUCCGUUCUGGCACAAAUCCAUUUCAUCCUGGACGAGGUUAAGUACGGUCUGAAGGAGUUCAUGCAGGAGAACUGUCCAAAUCUGGUCGGACACGUUUCGCGAAUCAAGGAGCGUUGCUUCCCAGACUGGGAGGACAUCUGCACCAAACUGGACCUGAACGCGCACAUCCCCAAGCCAGAGCCAGAAACCAAGGAAAACAAGGAGGGUGCCGAUACGGAAAAAACGGCCGAACAGGACAAGAACGAGUCGGAGAAGGAGCUGGAAAAGGAUAACUCGAACGAGAAGACCGAAAAGAAGGAGGAAAAAACCGAGAAGGUGGAAGAAAACAAAGAAAAAGAGGAGGCAGCCGCUAAAUAAGUCAGCCCGCCAACGUAAAUGUGCAACGUUUUCCGCGCGUGUACGGUGUUUUUUCACUACGAUUCGUAACCAUUAAUGCCGCUAGCAGUAGUGUGUGCCAGCAAAGCAGACGUACCACCAUCACCAAACACCACUAUCACAACCGACACGGACACGGACACACGCUAGCAGCAACAGGGGUAGCCACUAGAAGCAAGUUUCUCGCGACGAGAAGUAGAAGGAGGAGGAAGACCGUCAAAAUUCCAAUCGCGCCCGCGUUUGCAGAGAUAUAUUAUUUUGUAGAAAAGAAAAGAAAAUCUUACCGAAAUCUUGAACUUCGGCCACCGAUUGGAAGCGGAUGGGUGGAACCGACGUAAGAAGGAAUGUUUUGUUUUCCUUGUAUUCGUUGUUUAUUAGUGCUCUGCGUUUUUCGUCUGUCAUUUUAAAUAUCGUUUUUCGUUUUCGUAGUUUUUUUUUUCUUUCCCAUGCCCGUUCUUAACAUGCGUAACACAGCGAAGAACUACUUUACCUGCUGAUUUAGUAUGCAGCGGAAAAAGAAAUAAUUACAAUCUAUGUAGUAAAAUAGUAAAGCAAAAACGAAUCAGUAAGGAUCAACGAACUCUAUGUGCGUUCCAACACAAAGAUCAAAUGAUGGAAGCACACAAAAGAAACAGAGAAAGGCAAAGGUAAUAGGAAAUCGAGGACAAAACACGGUUAGACGAAUGUGCCAGCAAUGCAGAUGAUGAUAGCGAGCGGAUGCAGUAGAAAAGCUUAAAUAAGAAACAAACCGCGUGGAUGUUGGGGAUUACAAGUUGCCACGAGUAAUAUUUGUCAGUGCAAGAGAAUGGAGGGGGAGGGGGUUGAGGUACGAUUAGAAACCGGGGAGGAAGACCUAGGACACAAAGAAAGGAGACGUGUGAAGUUAUGUGAAACAAACGACGUCAAACGGAAAUGGCCACUGCCGAGUAGUGUUGUUUGGUUUUUUUUCGUACGUACGGAGCUGUUUCCUUCUUCUUUCUACACAAAUUAUGAAUACACAACUCUUAUAACCAAGGUAAAUCAGAACGAGAGGAAAACAAACUAUUUGAAGGAAAUAGAUUUUUUCAUAUGGGAUAAGAGGCAAGCAAAAAAAAAUAAUAAGAAGGAACGUAAAAUAAAAAGAUCGGCAAAAGUUAGGGGGACACGUGCGAGAGCCAACCGGAAUAUGGUAUAUGAAUACAAUACUCAAAAACUUUUCAUUUUUUGUAAAGAUUUUUUGCAGGCAUAACAUAUAAGUGUAGACUCAAAGAAGCGAAAGUAGUAGGUUAAAAGUAAGGAGUAUAAAAAUCAAAUAAAACUUUCGUCUGCUCAGCAUUUCGGUUGAACAGAAAACGACGACUACGACGACAGCGAGUUUAAUCGGUCAAUCGUGCCCGAUAACGCUGGAAUGGCGGGGAAGAUGCAUGAGAAACGACCGGGGAAGCAUGGACGCAUGAUGGAACUAGCUAGAUAGCGAUUGAAUUUUGGCAGAUGGUCAUUUAUUCUUACAUGAUUUGCACGUGUCUUCUCGCACACAUGACCCUUUGCUGCAGUGGAGGAUGUCAAUAGUUCGGCCAUUUCUUUUCAUCUCAAUACAGCUCUCUCUCUUUCCCUCUCUCUCCCUCUGACGAGCUUCGUAGAUAUGGCUAAGAUUGUACUCCCAGAACCGAUUGAUAGUAGUAAUUGUACAAUUGCUAUCGGAUUUUUUUUUCUUUUAUAUUUUAUAUUUAUAGUAUUUUACGCCAGAAUAAAAGGCGAACAAUAACGCAAAGGUAAUGUAUAAUAAACGAUAGCAGCAUAUGUCUUAUAUUUACCUAUCAAUAUUGAUUUUACGUGCGUAUAGUAUUUAGAUGGCUUUUUGCGCAUUGCAACUGCAGAAUAGAGAAAAUGUUCACCCUCCUGAGAGGUUCAUUCUCCUGUUUUGUAAAGCUUUUGAUUUUUUUUGCCGUUCUUUCAACAUGUUACGUUGAUGAUUCGUUCACUACACAGCAAACAAUGCACUUUACCGCAGUUUCAACAAUAACGCGGAUAACACGAUGGUUGCAAUGUAAUUGGGUUUAAGUUAAUGUAAACGUAUGCUGAGGAGAAAAUAUGAGGGAGAGAAAGAGAUGUCGAGUUUCUAGCCUGGAUUGGAAUCCUGUCUACGUAGUCGGUAGUCGAUAUGUUGCAGUAUGCUUCUAAACAUCCUAUUGUAAGUUAUUGCUAGCUUUGCGGGAACUGAAGUAGAUGGUUGAUUUUUUUUCUAUUCGUCUGAAGAUGAAAAUUUGAGCUAUUUCUCUUUUUGUAAAUGUAUGAGCGAAGAUAUGUUGGACUGUAGGGUACGAUGCUUCGUAUGGUCAGCGGUUUUUGGUAUGGUUUAUGUUUAGAAACUGUAAGUUCGUUAGACCAUGGAAAAGGAAAUCAAACUCAAAACUCAUGAAAGAAAAGUAAAAACUCGGAAACGAAAUAGAAACAGCUCCCGGUUAGAAAGCCGACAGGAAUUUUGAGGAAAAAGAAAAGGAAAAUAUUAAACAAUUCAAAAUCAAACCCAUAGUCAUGUCACACAAUAGUGAAGCAGCUUGUCGAAGUUGUUAAAAACCACACUAGUUUCACAUACAAGUAAACAUACUAGCCAUACAUACAUUAAAAAGAAAAUCCAUUGCAUCCAUAUAAAUGCGUACAUUUAGGCGUAAAACAUUGAUGAACAUCAUCCAAUAAAGGAACAAAAAGGAAAGCGAAAUAAAUUGAUAUGAACCACAAAACAACAAAACUAAAUGGAAGCCUUUGAAAUGGACUAGAGAAAACAAAAGAUUUUUUAACAAAUGAUGUUUGACCAUGGUGGGAUCUCACGGUGCACCUUCGCGACUAGUUGUGAGCAGCAAGAUAAGGUUAGUAUCCUCGAGUUGAAUUCGUGUAUUGCACUAACAUGAACAUGCGAUCCUGCUGCUUGAGUCGGUUUUUUAGUUGUAAUGGAAAAGGUAGACAGGAUAUGAAAAUGCACUGCCAAAGUAUCAGCAACACAAACGUCUAAAGUUUGUAGCAAGAUUUUUUGGAGCAAGCGUGUUGAACGCCGUGUACGGGAAAAAACGGUGAUAGUUUCGUGUAUGAUCUAUUAAAUACAUUAAACAAUUUUUUCACCUUUCACCUGAACGAAUGGGUUUCAGGUUGUACUGAGACUUGGUCGGUCGUAAAAACUUCUUAACGAUUAUUUCAUUCUUCUUCUAUGGACUAUCAGGAAAAUAACAGCGACAGUUCAGACUUGCAAUUUUACUUAAAGGGAACACAGUUUGAAAACUUGAUAGGAAUAAAUGUGAAGAUCUGCAGUACUUCUGUGGCAUGUGGAAAAAUAGCAAAAACGAAUCUACCGAAACUAAUCAGAUGACAUGAACCUAACCGCAACAAAUAGGAGCACAAACAGUGCGAAGUAAUCAAACGUGAGUAAAUCGUGUUUGAAGACUUAGAAAUGCAGUGGCGUACCUUAAAAUACUCAUUAUACCGUUGUAAGAAACUUAAUCAAAAGAACAAUUCCAUGUUGGCCACGAUGACCCGUAAGCAACUCACACAUCAAACAGCUCAAAUCAAUAAACUAUGUUUAUUACAACAAUAGAUUUAACGACCGUAACGUAUGAUGGGAGUGAACAAAAGAAACAAAUAAACUGUUUGAAUCACUCCCGUAAAGUUCUAACAACAUUUUAUGAACAGAUUUUGCACAUUACGUUCAGUUUCUAUUACACUUGAAUGUCGCAAAAAGAUCAGCAAACAUAACCAACACGAUUGAAAUGUGUAUAGUUGCGGGAAGUGGGCCAUAAAUAUGAUAAACAGGACCACUUGUUCCAAAGAACAGGGGAUAAACUAUUAGAAAAAUACCGGAAGCAUAAUAUACGCAUAAAAUACUGAUGAUUGAACGAUACUGAUAAGUAGGUAAUACAAAGGGUAAUUAUUUUCUCAAACAACAAAAUAUUGAAGAAUGUGAAGGAAAAUUUGAAAAUUGGCAAAACAAGAAAGGCUCAACGAACAAGAUUCCCAAAUAAAAUAAUUAAAAAUAGUAAAAUACUAAUGCAUUAGGAUUUUGUAUGGAAAAACCCCGUAAAUUUUGUUCAUACAUAUUUAGCUAAACCAUUGCGUAUAUCGUAUACUUAUAAUUUUAUUUUUAAAUUCUGCUACACGGAAAAUACAUUUCGUCCGGUGAUAACAUUUGGAAAUUGCUUUUCCAUAUUGACGUAAUUUCUUUGAGGCCACGUGGUGAAAAGUGGUUAUUAAAAAUUAAACAGUUUGAUCUUUCUAUGAUUAUACGAGGUAAAUUGGGAAAAAACGAUUGUUUUUCUUGUUCAUGAAAUGAUGCUUGUUGCAAAAUGUAAGUGAUGAGCCGUAGAUUACAAAUGGCAGAACAUUACAGUUUAGAUGUGAGCUUGACUUUGUAUAUCUAAAUAUAACAAAUGUAAAACAAAUGGAUGAAGGCGAUUGAUAGCAAAACACAAAAGUAAUUGAAAAGAGAAGUUGAUCUCAUCGUAUACCUAGACAUAGGAUAUUGGAAUCGCACAAAAAGGGAUAUGGAGGCUUAGGUCAUUCAUCCACAGCAGUAAGUCAUACCUUCAAUGCUACCACCGCCAUCGUCGUUGGGAUAUGGAAAACUAACGCGAAGACAAAAAGAAUUGUAUGUAAUCUGUAUUACAAUGAAUAUUGUCA